CCAUUCAAGAUGGCCUCUAUCCAUCUGCUUCUCAUCCAGAUAUGACGGUGAUACAUGUUGCAUACACGAGGCGUAGCGCCGAACCUCGGCCACAUCAAUUUGGCGCUCGCUUGAUUUCUCCUGCUCUUCCUCGCCGCAAUUUCCCGUUGCUUUUCCCCCUUCUUCCCCGCCAAGAUUCACUCACGACUUGACCGUUCGCUGUACAUAUUCUGCUUGCCAUGGAACGACACGGCCUCGACGCGAGAUACGAUGACGAUCGGGAUCCCGACGCGCCCUUCGUCGCGGUCGAUCCCUUCCGAACGCGUCGCGGACGUUGGGCCCCGCGUCCCUCUCCGGGGGAUAUUGAACAGGGCUCGGUACUGGCGGAGAUGAGGCGCUUUACCCCGCAUCUUCGCCAUGACUCGCCUCCCCCUGUCAUUGAAGUUCCCCCAUCCCAGCGGUCUUCGCACGAGUACGAAGAGUCCUCUGGGUCCCGUUCUUCCUCAUCCUCCGCAUACUCUGGCGGCGAUGCCAUGCCUGAAGAAAUUUCCGAACCUGAGCGCACGACACCAGGGCCUCCUCCUGUCGACGAGAAGACCCCAGAGAAGAGCCGCUUGAAUAUCUCGAUGCCUCUCGAGAGCACAUUUCACAACAUUACUGCCUACCUCUUUCAGACUAUCCCCACGAUGCUCUACCUAUGCCUCCUUCUCCGCCUUCCAGCCCUAUAUUUCUCCCGCGUCGCCCGUGUCUUCGAGAACGCAGAUCUCAGCCAGCGGGACAUCGACAGGAUGGCCGUCGCGCGUGUCAGUCAAUGGGGAAGGCACCCCGAGGCCGCACCCCCAGGCAUCUGGCAGUACGAACCCCAACCAGACGAGAAGGUCUCGGUCACGCUCCUCCAGUUCAAGUCGUCCUGGGAGCACUUCGUCGAGAACCUGCUGAAGGAGUGGAAGACGCUGAACGUCGUCUCCGCGCUCCUUACGUCCGCGGUUCUUACCAUCCUGCAAAUCGAUGCCGCCGCCGCGGACCCCGUCGUGCGCACGACGGCGCUGCUUGCGCUGGUGUGCACGCUGAUGUCGCUGCUCUACGGGUGCCUGUACAUUAUCCGUUUCGGGUCGAUGAAGGCCAUGCACAAGGCGUCGGGCUGGGCGGAUGUGGGUCCCCGGUUACGUGUCCCGGUGUUGAAACUGACGGACGAGCAGGAGGCGCGGCAGACGACGACGAAUAUCGUGUGGAACGUCUGGGUCAUGCUGGCCAUGCCCGCUGUCUGGCUGUCCUGGUCCAUAAUCUUAUUUCUCGUCUCCAUCAUGACCUUCGUCUGGCGGGCGGGGACGGCCGACGAGCGUACGGGGCCGACGGCGUCGUUCGCGCAAGCGCUAGCGCCGCGGAUCAUCAUCUCGGCCGUCCUCGCGGUCGGCGCGCUUUAUUUCGUGCUCGUCGUACAGACGUUCGCGCGGUACGGGGAUUUAAUGGACCGCCGCUGGCGCGAGCGCGUCCUCACGCAGUAUGUCGCGUCGCGCACGAUGUCCCCGCGGCCCCCGCCCCCGCCGCGCUCGCCGACGAGCGGGCACGGGCACUUCAGCUCGCCGCCGGUCAUCCCGCCCGUCCUGCCCUCGCGGCGCAACUCGCAGAAGGAGAAGUCGAUCCACGCGUGGCUCGGGCGUGUCGAGCAGGCGAGCUCGCACGGGUCGCGUGCGGCGGAGAAGGCGAGCCCGGACACGGCGGAGGCGCCGAGAGGUCAGUUGCGGGCUGAUUAUCGAUGCGGGGGUGGGAGCGCUGAUGAGGCCGCAGGGAUGCAUGAUGCGCUCGGGUACGUCGGCCCGGGGCAGGAGGGGGCGGACUGGGGAGGGGAGAGUCAAGGGAGCCUGCGCUCGAAGACGAGCUCGCCGGCAACUCCGGCGAGGGUGCUGCCUCCCGCGGUGGCCCAGCAUGUUCAGGCGGCGCAGACACCGUCCGCGUCGUCGGAGGGGCAUCGCUUCCUCGAGCAAGAGCUCUACAAAUUGCGUGUGAAGAACGGACCCGAAGACGAACAUUCGCUGGAGCUCCACGAACCUUCUACGCAUAGCUCCAGCGAAGUACCGGACAGUGCAUCCAAGAUGAGGGUGUUGCGACCGCCUAACGACUUGAGCAUCGACGUCGACCUUGACGCCGCCCAAUCCGACCCAGGAAGUCCUGCGACAAUCAUAGCAAGGGCUUCCUCCCGUGCAGGCCCCCAAUGGCCACCUGCAGCGACUCUCUCCGAGCUUGCACAGAGCGAAACAAUUGCCGGCAAUGAGACAGCAGGACGACUGUCCAGCGUCGCCUUUCCAACGACCACGAACGGACGUUCCAGAGGUUCCCCAGACUCCGGCACGACACGAAACGACCACCCGCCUCGAGCACACGAAUAUUAUGCGGAACCGCCCAGCGACACCCCAUAUGAAGAUACACGACAAGCACAUAUAACAACGCACAAACAAGCGACGAACAAUCACGACCCCUCACGAUCGGUACGAGAAUCGUAG